AGCAUGUGCAUGUCGUUACGAAUACAUGACCUAUCCACUUCUUCACGAUGUCGACCCAACUCCCAAGACAAGCUACUCUCUCUCUCUCUCUUAAAUCGACGUAUCAAACUGUAGAAAUUCUACUACCCAACGCGAUUCAGAUUUGAAUUCCCUUCAAAUUAACUAGUAAUUUCUUUUCUGCAACUGUUUUACCGCUCGCGUCCGCCAUUGAAAUGAGUUUUAAGCUUCCCGGCAUUUUUGAUUCCUGAACAAGAACACGAAGAAGAAGAAGAAGAAAGGAACAGGAGUAUGGAAAUUCUCAAUUAGGAGAAAUUAGGCGCAAUGGACGCAGAUGAAGACACCACCAACCCUUCUCGGCCUUCUUCACUUCCACUACUUCAUCAUUUCCACCAAAUAAAGACUUUUCUUUCCUCUUUCUUUUGCUGUAUCCCGACCUCUUUUUUCGUUUUCUUUCUCCUUCUCUUUAUGUUCUAUAGUGGUGCCAGCAAUUUGAGUAUCCACGUCCCUCUUCCACCCCCAAUCUCUCUGGUAUCCCAUAGUUUCUUGCCUGAAAAUGCAGUCGAAAUAGCAGCACCAAACUGGUCUUCUUCCCCCUCUUCUUCGAUCAUGUACGCAGUCAAGGAAGAAAUCCCACGUUCUAAAAUGAUGACCCAUUUGCGUCUUAGGCAGGAAUUGGAGUCUUCGCUGCUUCAGUUGAACUCUUCCACCUUCCAUAGGCCUAGAUCGCUCAAAAGGAGGAGGACCCAGUUCAAGCUUCUUCAGCCCACGGCCAUUUCGUCACAAUUUUCCAAGAGGGUUAAGGAGUUCUUUCACGGGUCUUCUUUGAAUUCUUCCUCUUCUCCAUGCAAGGUUCGUUUCUUCAUGACUUGGAUUUCUUCUUCUUGGGAGUCAUUUGGUCCCAGAGAGUUGCUUAGCAUAGAGAGCCUUUUUAAGUCACACCCAAAUGCUUGUCUGCUCAUUGUCUCGAAUUCCGUGGACUCCAGAAGAGGAGUUCCACUGCUAAGACCAUUCUUGGAGAAAGGCUUUAGGGUGACUGCAAUUCCCCCCAAUUUUGACUAUCUAUUCAAGAAUACUCCUGCAGAAGCUUGGUUCGAUCAGUUAAGGAAGGGGAAUGUUGAUCCUGGGGGUGUUUCUCUGGGUCAGAACCUCUCCAAUUUGCUUAGACUAGCAGUCCUGUACAAAUUUGGUGGUGUUUAUAUCGACACUGAUGUUAUAAUCUUGCAGAGCUUCUCCAAUUUGAGAAAUGUCAUCGGAGCACAGACACUUGACCUUGUAACAGGAAACUGGAGUCGAUUGAACAAUGCUGUUUUGAUAUUUGACAGAAAUCAUCCACUCCUGUUCAAGUUCAUAGAGGAAUUCGCACUCACCUUUGAUGGAAGUAAGUGGGGUCAUAAUGGCCCUUACCUGGUUUCAAGGGUUGUUUCAAGAGUCACCGGACGACCGGGAUUUAACUUCACCGUAUUGCCUCCGCCGGCAUUUUAUCCAGUUGAAUGGAGUAGGGUACAGAACCUUUUUCGAAAUCCCGGAGAUGAAGUAUAUUCAAAAUGGGUAUUUGCAAAACUCAGAUACAUUCGCAGGCAGAGCAUGGCUGUUCACCUGUGGAACAAACACAGUAGAAAGCUCAAGGUUGAAGAAGGAAGCAUCAUUGGUCAUAUACUGUUGGAUUGCUGCAUCUUCUGCAAUACCACAAUGUCAGAUUCGUAGGUUUUAAACGGAGGAUGAGGCAAAUGUGAUCAAUCUCGUCUACCCUUUUCUUUCCCCUCAUUAUUCUGUUUGAUAAUGUGGUUAUGAACCCAACUCAGUUCAUCCCUCUGUUUCAGUUGUCAAAUGAAAAAGAACAUGAAGGGGAAAAGAAAAUCUUUUUCCUUUAAUUGAUGCUCUACAACAAUGUAAAGAAUCUGGAUUCUCUUUUCCAAGUUAAGUUUAAGCACUGUCCCAUUGCAAAAUAUGAUAAAUAACGUACAGGAAUU